GGGCAUAGACUAAUCAAUCAUGGACGCUACCUGGAGCUGGUUCGGGAUGUAGACAGGAUCGAGCGCAAACUUUGGAUGGACGAGCACGAUGGGAUACGGACCAAGUACGCCAUACGGUGGCACCAAGCAGUCCCCAUGACACUAAUCGGAUCUUUCCCGAAAUUCGCGAAACCCGGAGCAUCGAUCGUCGUUUCAUUGACGCAGUCACGUCUCCUAGCAAAGGCUCUCGCGAUAUUCCUUAUCCCGCUCGAGUGAACUCGAUUUCGAAGCCCGGCGAUGGGUGAGACGAACUGGAGUUUCCCCACGCUCGUGGAAGACGAUUCGGUUAGCUCGUCCACAGACCGUGAAGAUUGUCUCAUGACGAACCUAGGUCUGGCGGCCAGCCCCCGGGACGAACUCUUGGAUACCUUGAGAAGAGAGAAGGAGGAGCUGGAACGGAGAGUGGAGGCCACGGAUGCUCACGUAGACAAACUCGAGAGGCUUCUAUGCAAACUCAGGAACGGAAUCCUUCCAGAGAAGGACGAGGAGGAUGAGGAAUGGCUUCAAAUGCACUCUCAUUGUACUUCGAGCACAUGUUGGCGACAAAAGUACGCAGAAUCCUUGAUGCAGUUACGCGCCGCGCUUGUUGACGCAAAGAGCCAAUUGGAAAAACAGCCGUACAGGCCUGGCGAAGAUGGGCACUCCAAGCAAGCCGAUCUCCGAAUGAUCGAAGAGAGCCUACGUUCGAUAGGACCCAUCGAACCACCGACGAGAAACCUCAAACGAAGUUCCGAUUCGGCGGGGGAGCAACCGCACAAAGUUCUCAAACUGACGCCUUCUCAAUCAAGAAGCUCUCUUUCACGAAGGCCGUUCUUCAAGAGAAUGAUAAACAUCUUCAGGAGAUACAAUCCCUCACCGGAGUUAUGAAUAAUGUCUCUUCGCCGAAUUUAAUUAAUUGAUCGAACGAGGGAGAUUGUGAUUCUUGAGAUGAUCCUCCUCAUCAUGGCCCUCGUCGAUGACUACAGCAGACUCUUACCCUAGGAAAAAGGUACAUAUCGCGAGGAUCGCAGAGAAUCUAUGAAACUAUUGUUUUCCGCAGAGAAUUCGUUGACAGACAGAAUUCCAGAAUAAAUUGACGACUCGAUGGAAUAUUGUUCGGAUGCAGAG